AUGCGCGCGCGUCGAGCGCGACGCGAGGACGCCGCCGGGAGCGGACGCGACGGCGACCGCGGCGGACGCGACGACGCGGCGACGGCGGACGCGGCCGCGGCGCGCGAGGACGACGACGACGACGUCGGGCUCUUUCGAGAGUGGCGACGCGCGAUGACGGCGCCGCGGGAGGACCAGGAAGCGUUCGGACGCGCGCGCGCGAUAACGCGCGUUCGCCCCCGUCUCUCUCCGUCCAUCCAUUCAUCCAUCGCGUCCGUCUCUCCUCCCCGCAGGCGAUGGCGCGCGCACCCGACCGCGCGGCGGAUGGAGGACGUCCACGGCGCGUUGGUCCUCAUCUUCAUACUGUUCGCGUUCGUGAUGGACCUCUGGCGGCACCCGUUCACGCGGGUCACGCUCAGGCUCCAGCAGAAUUUCUUGACGUGCUUCGUCGUCAACGUCGUCGCGCUGUCGCUUCCGCUGCUUCGCGCGCGCGCCGGCAUCGCGCCCGCGACCCGACCGGCGCUCGUGCGCGCCACGUACGUCGUCUUCGCGUGCACGAUGACGGGGUUGAUCGCGCACGUGGGGACCACGAUCACGCGGCCGGUGCCGAUAAAGUACCGAUACUGCUUCAACGCGUACGUCGCGCUGUUCACGCAGCUCGCGUGGGACACGCCGCGGUUGCCUCGGAACGCGAGCGCGUCCAUGAGCAUGCCUCGGAUCGUGGCGACGAUUCCGACGUUCAUGGCGCGAGUGGGGAUAUACAUUCGGUGGAACGGGCGCGGGCCGUAUCGAUGUAAUCUGUUGGGCGUGUGCUCGGGAACGCCGGGGCCGAACCAUCUCGGGUUUCCGACGACGUGGCUCGGGUGUCUCUCGGACGUCUCCGUGACCGCGUUCGUGAUGACGCUGGCGGAGGCGAAGCUCGCGCUGUCGUGGCGGCUUUGGCGGAGGCAGGUGCGGAGGCAGGAGGACGCGGCGUCGGCGUCGGCGUCGGAAUGUCAUCGGGGGGGAGGGGGCGGCGCGAGGGGCGCCAACUGAGGGGUGCCAACUGAUGGGUGCCAACUGAGGGCGACGAGUUGAGCGGCGGUCGCGCGAGUCGAGUCGUAGGUCGGUCGUCUUACUUGUAUUAGUCAUCUUAUACGGUAGUUC